GGUCUCCUUUCCUUUGCCCUUGCCCUAAAGCAAAAUAACCGACCUCCGUUUCUCUCUCGUUCUUCGCUCCCAAAACUCAAAAAAAAAAAAAAAAAAGAGUUCCACACAGAGCAGCAGCUCUUCUCUUUAAACCCCCUUGAAAUGUUACUCGCCAAGCGCUCCCGCCUAAACCGAUUUCCACUCUUACUCGCCCUCACGCGCCGCUUUCUCUCCUCGUCCAAUCUCUACGACCUCUACUCCUUCAAACCCCCUCCCUCUCUCUCUCAUCAUCAAACCCCGAACCCUAACUCUGUCGCCAAUCCCGAGGCCAACAAUCAGAAGACGAAGAAAAGCCAGAAGCCCCGCUACCGACCGCCGUCGUCGCUCGACCGGACGGGAUCGAAGCCGGCGAGCUCCAACCUCCCGUUUGAUUUCCAGUACAGUUACACCGAGAGCAGCCUGACGGUGAGGCCAAUCGGCUUGCGCGAGCCGAAGUACUCGCCGUUCGGCCCGGGCCGGCUCGACCGGGAAUGGACCGGCGUUUGCGCGCCGGCGGUCAACCGGAAGGUCCAAUCGGUGGAGGAACUGGUGGAGGAGAAGGAAGAUAUGAAGUUGGAGGAGAAGAGGAGGAAGAUUAGGGAGAAGCUUCAAGGAGAGCCCCUCACGGCGGCUGAGAGGAAGAUUUUGGUGGAGAAGUCUCAGAAGCUCAAGACCAAGAGUCAAGUCAAUCUCGGGAGAGAUGGUUUAACUCAUAAUAUGCUGGAUGAAAUUCAAAAUCAUUGGAAACGUGCUGAAGCAGUGAGGAUAAAAUGUCUAGGUGUUCCAACUGUUGACAUGAAAAACGUGUGCACCCAGAUUGAGGACAAAACAUUUGGAAAAAUUAUUUACAGACAUGGUGGUCUACUAAUAUUAUACAGGGGCAGGAACUAUAACCGCAAGAAAAGGCCGGUGAUUCCGUUAAUGUUGUGGAGACCACACGAGCCCAUAUAUCCCAAGCUGAUCAAAACUACAAUUGAUGGGUUAAGCAUCGAGGAAACAAAGGAAAUGAGAAAGAGGGGAUUAGCUGUUCCUGCUUUGACAAAACUUGCUAGGAAUGGUUAUUAUGGUAACCUGGUAAUGAUGGUCAGAGAUGCUUUUCUCUUCUGUGAUCUGGUCCGGAUUGAUUGUGAAGGUCUUGAAAAGAGCGACUACAAAAAAAUAGGUUGGAAACUAAGGGAUCUGGUGCCUUGUUUUCUAGUUACAUUUGAAAAGGAGCAGAUUGUGGUCUGGAGGGGAAGGGACUAUAAGCCUCGAGAGGAUGGAUACCUCUAUACAGAUAAGGAAUUAUUUGACGCAAAUACAAUCUCUUGUGCAGAUGAAAAUGGUGGCCAAUAGGACCUCUACCAGGUACGAAGUUGUUGACGAGUGUCUUCUCCUUUGCUGCAUAGAAACCCGCCAAUUGGAUUGUUAUUUAGUUAAUUAAGUAGUCUUCUGCUAGUUUGUGAAUCCGAAAUGCAAGCAAAGCUGAAAGGUUACUGUAAAAGAUCCUGAAGAUGAAAAUAUAUUGCAUCUUUCAUGUUAUUUGGCUAGAUCUUGUCUGGUGGGCGGAACUUGCUUUCACUCCACCCUUUGUAGGAGAUUUUCUCCGUUCAUGGGAUAGGGGGUCGCUCUGGCAUUCUCCAAGCGGGCUAAUUACCUGAGUGAUGUCUUUCAUGUUAUUUAGCUAGAUCUUGUCUAGUGGGCGAAACUUGCUUUCACUCCACCCUUUGUAGGAGAUUUUCUCCGUUCAUGGGAUAGGGGGUCGCUCUGGCAUUCUCCAAGCGGGCUAAUUACCUGAGUG